ACAUUUAUGUUUUAUCUAGCCUAUUAAUUGAUUAAUUUUACAGUAUUUGUCUAAUAAUAUUGCAAGCGAUGGCAAUGAUUUAUGCAGAUGGACUCCCUUAUUUAUUAUCCUGCCGGAAAUCCUUAAGAAUUGCCCUACACAUAUUUUUAAUCUAGCCUAUUACUAGAUCAAUUUUCCAGUAUUUGCCAAUGAAAAGCAUGACAUGAUGCUACCACCACCAUUCUUCACAUUGGGAUCAAGGCUUUCCACCACUCCCACAAAAAAUAUAUUGGACAAAAUACACCAGUGUGUGACAGUUGUGCUGUAUUAUUUCCUGCUAUGCCUGUGGUAUGUCUUGGUGGUGGAACAUUUGAGCAGGAUGAAGCAGUUCAUAAAAAUAAAUAAUAGGUACACUUACAAACAGGUGGCCUUAGUUUGACCAAUUAUGCGACCUCUAAUGGCGUUUGUUUGUGCCAGUGAUGUUCGCUGUGUUUGUAUCAUGCAGGGGGAGAAGUCAUCUCCCAAGAAUCAGAGCAGCAUAAAUUAGGAGGUGCAUGGAUCAGUGAGAAGGCAUUCUACAAAUUAUAAUCCAAGAGUACGAGGAUGGCUGAUGCUGGACUCCUGCACGCCCACUCUGAUCCUCACCUUCAUCUACCUCCUGAUAGUAUACUUAGGACCAAAGUACAUGAAGAACAGGCCGGCUUACUCGCUGAAGAACGUAUUGCUGCUCUACAACUUUGGAGUCACCAUGCUGUCUUUCUACAUGCUGGUGGAGCUUAUUACAUCCGCCUGGUCUGCAGGCUACAAACUUAAAUGUCAAGCACUGUUUGAUGCAGGAGAAGGAGAUGUCAGGGUGGCAAAAGUGUUGUGGUGGUAUUACUUCUCCAAACUGAUCGAGUUUCUCGACACCAUCUUCUUCGUAUUAAGAAAAAAGAACAACCAAAUCACCUUCCUGCACGUGUAUCACCACGCCUCUAUGUUUAACAUCUGGUGGUGUGUUCUCAACUGGAUCCCUUGCGGACAGAGUUUCUUUGGACCCAUGCUGAACAGCUUUAUACACGUGCUGAUGUACUCGUACUACCUCCUGUCCACCAUUCCAUCCAUGCAAAAAUACUUGUGGUGGAAGCGCUACCUCACUCAGGCCCAGUUAAUUCAGUUCAUAUUAACUAUCACGCACACACUCAGUGCUGUGGUUUUCCCCUGUGGGUUUCCUUUCGGCUGCCUGGUGUUUCAGUCCAGCUACAUGAUUACACUGGUCAUCCUGUUCAUCAACUUCUAUGUGCAGACAUACAGGAAAAAGCCGGCAAGAGACGACAAAGCUAGAGAUACGCACAGAAACCACACAAACGGUGUCUCUUCAUCCCUUAAUGGAGCCAAACAUAAGCUACCGUAACAACUGGACAGCACAACUUCCUAAAAUUCAUGUUUUUAAGCUGACUAAAUUAAAAGCAGGGAUAGUUGUCUGUAAUUUUACUCAAUUCAUGAUUUGGAUAGACCAUGUUUUACCCCACUUUGUUCCCCUCAAAAUUCGACAGCAGGAAUGAUUUUUGUGGUUUUGUAUCUCUGUACUGAAGCGGUACACUAAAAAUGCCCAAAGUGUGUCUUUUUAAGUGUCAGAAGAUGCUUUUGCCCCUCCUGUAGAAAUGAUUUUUCAAUCAUAAACCUUUGCCAACAGUGUUGCAUAGAAGACAAUAACCGCUAUCACAAUCAAUUAAAUUAACAUUGUGAGUUGUUUUAGCUGCCGCCAUACUUUUAGGUCAGAACCUUAGGCUGUUAAACCCUGGACUGACCAUCACACUGUCAGAUUCAUCACUGAAUGAAAGCUGCUUUAGAGUUCUUGUAGAGCACUAAUGUGAAAUACAGUGGAAUGUUUCAGUGGAAUGUAUCAGUGGAAUGUAGGGUUAAGCUGUUAUACAAGCACUAUACAAGGCAUUUUCAUUUCUAGGUUCAAAUGUUCCCCCUCCCCAAGUCAAACCUGUGUACACAUCACCAUUGUACAAAAUAAGGGCUCUAACAUUUGCUUAUAACUCAUAAGACCUAAUAAGUUUGGUUCUCAACCAGGGGGCCUCCACCUUAGUAAGCUUAGAGAGCUUCCCAUUGCGUUUAAUUAAGAAGAGUUAAAAGAAUCACACUUGAUCGGACAGGAAAAUCAGUAGGCUUUUGGCAUAUGGGAGAUUUCUUGUGAUGUCAUAUACACCGACUAGGCAUAACAUUAUGACCGCUGACAGGUGAAUUGAAUAACUGAUUAUCUCUUCAUCACGGCACCUGUUAGUGGGUGGGAUAUAUUAGGCAGCAAGAGAACAUUUUAUCCUCAAAGUCGGUGUGUUAGAAGCAGGAAAAAUGGGCAAGCGUAAGGAUUUGAGCGAGUCUGACAGGGACCAAAUUGUGAUGAGCAGCUCUUGUGGGGUGUUCCCAGUCUGCAGUGGUCAGUAUCUAUCAAAUGUGGUCCAAGGAAGGAACCGUGGUAAACCGGCGACAGGGUCAUGGGCGGCCAAGGCUCAUUGAUGCACGUGAGGAGCGAAGGCUGGCUCGUGUGGUCUGAUCCAACAACUAUGGGAAGAAGACAAGCCGGCAGAGGCAGUGUUAUGUUUUGGGCAAUGUUCUGCUGGGAAACCUUGGGUCCUGCCAUCCAUGUGGAUGUUACUUUGACACGUAACACCUACCUAAGCAUUGUUGCAGACCAUGUACACCCUUUCAUGGUAACACUAUUCCCUGAUGCCUGUGGCCUCUUUCAGCAGGAUAAUGCACCCUGCCACAAAGCAAAAAUGGUUCAGAAAUGGUUUGAGGAGCACAACAACGAGUCUGAGGUGUUGACUUGGCCUCGAAAUUCCCCAGAUCUCAAUCCAAUCGAGCAUCUGUGGGAUGUGCUGGACAAAUGAGUCCGAUCCAUGGAGGCCCCACUUUGCAACUUACAGGAGUUAAAGGAUCUGCUGCUAACAUCUUGGUGCCAGAUACCACAGCACACCUUCAGGGACCUAGUGGAGUCCAUGCCUCGACGGGUCAGGGUCUAUUUUAGAUCUAUUUUAAACUUCACACAGCCUACACUGGGUCUUUAGGAAUGGACACGUUUGAUUUGCGCAAAGGUCAACGGAUGGCGACUACAAACGAUUCCGAUUUAGUUGUUUAUGCUGAUCACAAUACCUUUCUUGCUCAUUCUUGCUGAAAGCUUAAGAAUAAUAUUAUAACCUGUGUCAAAGGGGUCCCAGGAAAUAGCCAGUGCAAGCAAGCUGAAGGGGUCAUGCAACAGCAUCAAUUAUGCCUCCCAAAGGUAAUAUGUAUAAAUUCAGCCUACCAUAAAAUUUUAUGGUUUUAAGCCAUCAACCAAACUAGAAUGGGUUGCGUCGACCCUGUAUCCAAUGUAUUUGCAGUAUGUACCAGGGUUUUUACCAUACCAUGUAUUUUGAAACGUGCUCAAUCAUAGUGUUAGUCAUGGUGCUCAUCAUUUAAGCUCUCUAAUAGCUCUAAAAUAUUUUUGCAGUGUUGUUACAAUGUAAUGGUGUCUGUUCUUUUUUUUCUUUUUUUUUUAAAGAGGGACUUAAAUGCCAUACAGUGCAGUACAAGUAUUAAACAAAACACUGCAACUACUAUUAAGUACAGCCUUUCUGUGCCUGCCUCUACAGACCUAAGCUCUUCUUCUAAGUAUUUAGUGCAAAUUGUUAUAAUAUUUUUUUAUUUGCCCCACAAGUGCUUGUUUUUCUAAAUUGUCAAUACAUAAAAAUGUAGAAAAAUCUCCACAGGAUAUUCUGCUCUACAUUAGAUAAUAAUGUUUGAUUAAUUCUACAUGUUGUAGCAACUAUUACCUUUUCGGUUCAAAUACUAGAAAGUUGUGCCUAUACUUGAGUUUGGCAAAUAUUAUCUAUAUUGAAAUAUGAUUUUUUUUUGCUUUACUUAAUGUGUAUGUUUACUUUGAAGUUUGUCCGGAAAAUAAACCAUUAUGAGACAAA